AUGGGGGAACAAUAUGAAGAAUCCAGUAAUCAGAAAAAGGAUGUGCUUGGUCCUGCCCGCUCAUGGAGGCAGGUAUGUGUUAAACACUGUUUCUGCCUAUGGGUAUGUGUAUGCGGGACCUCAAAAAGGCCACCUCUUGCAUUUGUUAGGGAGCUCACGGAACAAUAAGGGUAAUGACAACAUUGGAAAAGAACUAUAAGUUUAAUGACAGACAUGCAUUACACUCUUCGAAACUCACAAUGCUUGCCUUUGUUUUCUACUGCAACAUGAAACUUUCCAAAGGCAACAUUGAACUCAUGAGAGAAAGUUUUCAAGCAAUUUAGUUUGCCUGCAAUUAUAUUUUUUGGAGCUUUUAAAGAAUGCAAUUCACUUUAUAUUACUGUAUUAAGCGAUGUUCUUAUUGUUGCCAAUGUUGUGGUUUUGUGUGCUCCCUAGCAGCUAUUUUCUUAGUGGUUUGAACGUAAAUUGUUCCCCUUUAAAGUAAUUAUUAAUUUAGAUUUACCUGAAUGUUGUAAGUUCAUAUGCAUUUUAUUUAUUCAGCAAUUUUAUUAUUCCAGUAACAUUGUUACUUUCAGUUCAAAACUGGAACAAAGCAAAAUAAAAAUGAUUUUAAAAAUGACCCAGGAACAUGCUUUUGGAAUUAAAACAAGGACUUUUGUCUUCCCAUAGUAAAGUGAAAACAUCAGAAACUUAAUAAAAUUUGGAAGGGAUUUUCAAAGUUACCCAAAACAGUGACUCCUCUAAUAACCACUUCAAUCAGGGAUGUUUCAGCUUUGAAAGGCUGGGUGGCCUGUGGUCUAACUUCAACUAAUCUUUAUCUUGUUGAAAAUGGACAACACAAUUUUACUUUAAAUUCUCUUUCAUCUAGUUCUCACCAAUAGCAGAUGUUAUCGCACCAUAGACCUUUGUCACUCGGCAGCCAUUUUGUCUCAGGAGAUUAAAAGUGCUUUGUUCAUGCACGGCUAGCCUAGUUCUCUCUUUGAGGCUAGCCGUGCAUAAACAAAGCUUUUUAUAUCUCUUGAGACAAAAUGGCUGCCCCUUGACAAAGGUCUAUUGGACCUUUUUAAGAAUUCUUGUUAAAAUCUAUCUGUCUGGAUUGAGCUUAAUUUUUGGACACAGAUGCUGUCAGUGUUGUUAAACCAAAAAGCAAAUUAUUUCCAUGCUUGCAACGUGCUGAUUAUCACAUCUUUCACAAUCUAUAUAGAUGGCAAGUCUCCUGCUGGCCUACUCUUUCUGAAUGUUAUCUGCUCAGGACUGCUUGCUACUUCCCCAAGGGGUACUUAGAUCAUGAAUUUUAGGGUGGGUGGGUGCCACUGGAAUCCCGAAACCCUUGUUUACCUAUACCAGAGCACGUUCAGCUGUAUUUUCAACCCUUAUCAGUAAAACAGGCACUAGAAAUAAUACCCUGAAAACUCUUUAAUAAUGUUGUUUACGCCAAGUGAUUUCCCAUAAAUGAAUACUGUGUCCCUGCACACAUGUAGUCACACCAACUUGAGCUGAGGUGUAGUUGUGAAAAUGCUCAGUGGGAAGGAAGUGUAUUGUACUUUUUGCAGUCUUUGUUAAAAAUUGUUACUACUUCCUGCUCACUGUAUAGAUUAUGACAAUCGCUGCCAUGGAACCAGUUCAGUCAGAACCCGGUAAGAAAACCAAAUUAUAUAAAUAUUUCUUAGUUUUGAUGUCAGAUGUACCAGUGAUUAUAAUAUAAUAAUAAUACAGUCAAGCCAGGUCAAGCAUACUCCUUAGUGAAUUGAUUAUUUUAAAAAUUGAAUGUGUAAGUUGAAUUGUUGCUGCUGCAUGGUAUUAAAUAAUUCAAAUCAGCAUUCUUGUGUCUAUAAUGAGCAGUGACUUUUGGACCAAAAUAAGACAUUAUUAGAUAUUGAUCGCAGCAUUUCAGCCACGUACUGCAGGCCUUCGUCACGCGAUAGUGUUGAUUUACUGAGAAGGACAAUGUGUACCGCAGUGGUUGACAACAUCACCAUUGCUGAUAAAAAAUAUCUUCACACUUAAAGUAAUGACCACUUCUUUAUUCAAAAUAAUCAAGUGGUUGAUCAACAGGCAACCCAGCACCGGACUACAGUCAGAUAUACACACUGCUCAGUAGAGUCAUGAGAGAACAGCCACCACCUGACCUUACCCCAAUUGGUAAGUGGUAUCAUGCAUUAUGACAACUUAAUGUCUCUCAGUGUUUGCUAGCUUGUAGGGAGAGGGAUGCAACAGGUGCACAUUCAUCGUUUCCCCCCUGCAUUGACUGCUGUGGUCCCCCUGUUGGUUCCAAACUCGUCACGUACUUAGCUAUUCUCUAUCUGGCCAAGAUCAAGUGGUAGCAAUGUUUUACUUUCCUAAAGAUUGCAAUCUAUUAACUGCCUCAGCAGUGUAAGCCCAAGGUUCACAGACAAAGUCUUUGAAAGGUGCUCUAAGAGUUUCAUGUUUUACCAGUGAUAUCUUUUAUCUGGCGGUGGACAAUAGAUCAUUUUCACACAUAUAGUCAGCUGUCAUGCAAAUGUCUUGGAACAAAAGGAGGCUUUUACAUGAGAAAUGAGACCCAACCCAUAUGACUUUUUUAGUAAACCAAACUGACCCCCAUUUCAUUGAUUUGGUACACUAAUAUGGCCACCUUAAUGCCAUGUGCAACUUGAGAUAUUCCUGGACCCACCCCCCUACCCCCACUAACUGGUUUGUACUUUUAAGGCUCCUAAGCACCUACUUAACUAAAAUCCUACCUAUGGGCCCAGUGUAGUUGCCUGGAUGGGUAACACUCCUUGUGUCUGAUAUUAUAAUUUACGUCUUUACCAUAAUUUAUAAUUAAGUGUUAUGAAUUUACUGUGACAGUGUCAGCUCAGUCGGUAGAGCGCUUGACUGCAGAGCAGAAGGUGGUGGGUUCGAUUCCUGGGGCCAGACCAAUACUCAGGGUCUUAAAAUGAUUGAGAAAUGAAGGUACUCCCUUUGCACUGCAAGAGGCUGGACCUUUACGUGGCUCAGAUGACCAUAUAAAAUAGUGGUCCUAUUCCCAUCUCCAGUUGGAGAUGUGAAAAUAGUGUCCCCAAUUAGUAAUUUUGUGCUAAAUACUUUGACACUCAAAUAAAGAGUCUUUUUUUUUUUACAUAAUCCUCAUCUGUUCCCUUAUUUCUUGCUUCAGAUGCAUCAGUCAUUCUGGAUUUAUUAAAUGACCUAGAAAGACGGCUUGCCGGUCAUGAUAUAAGCAGCCAAGUUCAAUUUGUAGUUAAUAAGUCCAAAGAAAUCAUGGCAACAGCCGCAGGAACCACUGGACAAGGCAGUUCUGAUGCAGGCAGUAAUUCUGGCCGUCCCAAAUCCCAGUUGUUCUCUUUAAACCCCCUUAAUGUUCCUGUUCAACUGUUAAACUUAAAGAAGCCCACCCCGGUCAACACUGCUUCUAAGGCUGCCCCUGAGACUACUAAGGAACAAACUUGA